AGACUUCGAAUAACUUUCUUUUUUUCUUCGUUAAUCAUCUCAAGCACGUUGAUCAUCAUUAGCGAGAGUAUUGUGCUUUCGAACCAGUUUCUACAACAAUAAACGCAUUUUUUUUUUUUUUUUAAAUAACGAACUUCGAUUUCAAAUAUUUCACAAUUCGUAAAGCGUCAUUUGAACAACUCUGCGCCGAAAAUGGCGAGAAUUUUAACGAUUCAGGAACUGUUACGAGCUCGCCAAACUGCCGCACAGCCAGAAAGGCGAUGCGGUUUCAUUAUUAACGAUAAUUAUAGGUAUGGAUUUGUAUUAAAGUUCCCCCCAAAUCACUGUGAUUCCAUCUCCAUUUCGUUGCACCCGCACGUUGGAACGCAGUAUAAAAUCCACGGGCUUCGUAACGAUAAAGUUAUUUUCUUUCGGUGAGGACUUGCAAGAUUGUGCCAAGUUGCUAAUGAUUCGAAAGGUUUGUUACCAGCGAUUCACAGUUCUUUCUACGAAUCUUGUCUCGUUUUUUUUUUUUUCUUGUCUUUUCUUGUUAACUGUAUUACUAAUAAAAGUAAUAAAGUUCAUAGUCCUGCUGCAACAGAGUACAUAAUUCUUACACUUCUGUAAAUGUUUUCAAACGCCUAAUUCUCAAUGGAUUGUUUUUUACCAGUUACUACUCGAACAAUUGAAAAAAAAUGUAAAAGAUCUCUUCCGGCACAGGCACUCCUGUUAACGAUGAUAUCGGUAGGAAUUUUGAGCGAACCUCAAGGACCUGCCUAUCUUCCACCUGCAGGGACUGGACCGCGACCAGCUCCCAGUGGCCAUCCAGACGAAUGGGCCGGUGAUCCGGUGAAUUACGAAUUUUCGUACGAAGUGGAAGACGCAGUAGCUGGCCUAAACUUCGGCCAUCACGAGUCGCGAAAAGACGAUGAAGCAACUGGAACUUAUCACGUGCUGUUGCCAGACGGUAGAACGCAAAUCGUUGACUAUAUUGCUGACGGUGGUGGUUAUCGGCCAAUAGUACGAUACGAGGGAACAGCUACGUAUCCAGCUCCAGCUCCAAGAGUAUCUCCUGGAGGAUCCACGAGUGAAGGAUACAGAUACUGAAUAAUUUAGUAUGUACGACAAAACUCCUUUUUUGAAAGAAGGCGAUCAAAAUGUAAUGAGAAAUAAAGUUGAAAUUUAGAAAAAAACGGUGCACGAAGAAACGCAGCUUGAAACCUUGAGUUACAAUAUACAUAUAAUGUAUAGACUUUCAGUGUAUAAGCGAGUUGUGUCUUGUAAUAAAAAACUCCAAACACUU